AUGCAGCACAUAAAAAUUCGAACACCACAGUUCCUGCCUGACAAACUGCAGCCAUGGUUUGCAAUGACUGAGCUGGCGUUUGCCCAAAGCAAGAUCCACGAUGAGCAGACGAAGUUCGCGAUAACGGUGAAUGCUCUGGAUGCUAGAGCAGCAACUGCACCAGAAGAUGCAAUACUCCGACCUCCAGAGGAACGACUGUACGCGGCGGUGAAAACUGUACUACUCACCAGAAUGCGUAAAGCGUUAAAUCAAGACAUACGGCAGGUGCUUAAGGAAGAAGCUAUAGGUGACAGGACACCGUCGGCAUUUUGGAAGCAUUUGCGCGGUAUCGUCAACGCAGAAGAAUUGUCGGACGCGACGCUCAAACACAUCUGGUUAGACCAAUUAUCAAGCAUGGUAAAAGCCGCACUAGUAACUCGUAAAAAAGACAACAUGCAGAACCUCUUGGAGAUAGCAUGCAAAGUCCAUGCGACCAUAGGCAAUCCACAGAAGGGCUUGCAUGGCAGUCUUUAG